AUCUCUGGCACAUAAAGUAAUUAAGCAGUUUUAGGAGGUUUUAAGAUGUUGCACAGCUGAACAUGCCAUAAGGAAUCUGUGUGAGAUGGAAUGCAAAGAAACACUGGCAGUCAUUCGAAACUGCAUUAUAUCGUACACUGGUAAUCAAUACAUUUCUGUACCUAAAGGAUUUCCAUUACUACUCUAUUUAAUUUUAGCAGUUGGUUUAUAGCGACUACAUUCAAAGCAUUACUGUAAAUACAGUGUGUAGCCACUCAGAGACUGAAUACCAUUUCAAAUUUUGAAGGAUUUCCCUUGUAUUUACUCUUCAGGUCCUUUGUUUUUUAAUGACAGCUACUAGAAGUUGAAACUCUACUAGAAGAAGGACACAGAGAAAUGGAUAAAAACAAGACUAACCUUUAUGAGAACUUAUGUGCAACAUUAAAAACAUUCCUUUCAUUCAGCUUGUCUUUCUGAAGGGCAGUAUUCACUGAAGACCCAAUGAAGAAAAAAAUGGGGCCUUAGCUUGGACCCAGUAUGUAAGAUAAAACAGUCAUGCAUUUUUAAUCACCAGCUGAGAAACGCAGGUAAUGAGUAGAUACAUUUUUCAUGGCCCAGAAACUUAUAUGUGUCAUAGAAUUACCACAGUGCCUCUGCUGCCUGUAUCACUGUGGCCCAACUUUCUAUGCCCAGAUCACUGUAUCCUGUAUGAACAGAUGAUAGAGCAGGGUUGUUCCUGAAAGAAAAAACAUAUUCACUGCUGCACACAUUACUCUGCAUGCUGGUACUCACGACAGAGGCUUUCACUCCAUUCAUCUUGAUUAUUUUUAUUCAUUAGUUGAACAACCAGCCAACCUCUAGUAAGAGAUUAAAUAAUACUGCAUGAAUGCCUUCUCCAGCAUUUUAUGCUAUACAUUUGUGAUGCAUAUAAUCCAGAUCAUGGUUAUCGUUCUUAGAUACGCUACAAUACCAAAGAGUUUGCUUAUCAACCAAAUGCAAGUGGAUGUUUGGGGCUCUAGUCCUGUGCCCUCUCGACUCUGGAACUUCCAAGAGAAAUUAUUAUUUUUACAUUUACCAUUAUUAAACCAAUAAGCAUUAUUUUGUUCAUAACUGUAGGUCUGUUUUUGUAUGUUUUUGGAAAUAUGUUAAAUGGGAAAAAAUGGCAAAACUAAAAAGAGUACCCAGCUCAUAAAUUGACCACAUUAAAUUGAAGCUAUUUUCUGGUUCGCCACAAAUCUAUCAAAAACCCAAUGAGAUGAAAUGUUAAAGACAUUGUUCCGUUCUCUGACUAUGGAAAUUGCUGAAUGGCAAUUGAUGCACUGGCCUUUUGGACCCUGGAAUACCUGUUUGUUAUAUAGGCCUAUAGCCUACUGUAUAUUCAGUCAGAGUGUAUGUUUACUCGCGAUUCUCUGUUUCACAACUGGUCAGUUUUAAUUAAUACAAUACUGCUGCAGGGUGGUUAAACUAUUUUCAGUCCAUGUUGUCCAUGGUUGAUCAGUUAUAUCAAGAACAGAUCGAGAACACAUGACAUUCCUAACCAUUUGGAUUUGCAAACUGAAAUUGAAAUAGGAGUAGGCCUUAUUGCCAUCGUCAAAGUAUCAGUAACUGGCAUGUAUCGGCUUUCUGCUAGGUCAUUUGACACGCAACACGGUUGCUUUAUAUCCUAAGUCAGGUGAGUGUUAGCCGUAUGCCUACCUGUGCAGUUAAGGACAGACACAUCCACCGAUACAUGCACUCCUCAGAGGUCAGGACACGUGCACAGUAUGGCCUUCGUAGCAAAGACCUUCUACGAUCUCCGUGCGACGACGCUGGAGGGAGAGUCCGUGGAUUUUAAUAUAUACAGAGGACGGGUGGUAUUGAUAGAGAAUGUGGCCUCACUUUGAGGGACAACCACGAGGGACUACAGUCAGCUCAACCAGCUACAGGAAAAAUAUCCCCAUCGAUUGGUUGUCCUCGGUUUCCCCUGCAAUCAGUUCGGCUACCAGGAAAAUUGUUCCAAUGGAGAAAUCCUGAAAUCUCUGAAAUACGUGCGCCCAGGAGAAGGGUUCCAGCCUAUCUUCACCAUGUUCGAAAAAUGCGAUGUGAACGGAGAGAACACACACCCAGUUUUCACCUACUUGAAAGAUAAACUACCAUAUCCCUACGACGACCCGACCACUCUCAUUCAAGAUCCUAAAUUCCUUGUCUGGAGCCCUAUCAACCGGAACGACAUCUCCUGGAAUUUUGAAAAGUUUCUCAUUGCGCCAGAGGGGGAACCUUUCAAACGGUACAGCAAAAAAUUUCUAACUAUUGACAUUGAGCCCGAUAUCCAACGACUGCUGAAGCUAACUAAAACCUAAAUUUGCUGAGAGAAGAAAUAUAUUACUUUUUUCGUCAGUCACACAGAAGACAGGUGAUUUGAUGUUCCGAGGUUGAAUUGUGGCAUUUUCCAUAUACGUUUGAGUUUUACUAAAUGAAGGUAAUAUUCUAAACCAGUAAGUGGAAUAAUACCCGAGGUCUUGUAAAUAUUCAAUAGGUGUGGAUCAUGCUAUUUCUGUAUCAUGUGUAUUAUCCCGUUAAUUAAAAAUGAAUAAACCAAAUACUGCUUUUUGAUGCUGGAAGGACAAACCCUUAGACAAAUAUUAGUUCUGGCCUGUUUCUCCUUCUGCAGAAUUACACUUGCUAAAUGAUGCAGACUUGAUAACCGCUAUUGUAACAAAGUUAUCCUUUGCUGCCAUUUAUCACUGUCAUAAAAAAUAAAAAAAAUGUUUUCAGCCGUAUGGUCAGCAUACAAAA